AUGCCAGAGCCGGAUACGACUCCUAUGCCUCCCGUGCCGGAGCCGAGCACGGCCCCUAUGAUCGUGGAAGCACAGGAGGAGGAGACGGACGAGGACGAGUGUUGGGGCAAGUGGAGACCAACGUCGAGCACCACAGCCUCCAACAUUGCAGCGAGCCAGCGAAAGGAGGCAGGGAGUGUUGUCCCAAGUACGUGGGGCACAGCAGCCUGUGACUCCACCGAAGGCCCCAGGCUCAACAGCUAUGGUGCCAAGUACGCCCCCAAAGGGGCCAACUACACCACCGAAGUCUCCGAUUACACCACCAAAGGGGCCAACUACACCGCCGAAGUCGCCUAUUACGCUCCCGAAGGAGCCUAUGGCGACACCGAAGACGCCGAGUACGCCUCCAGUGGCACCUGUGGUUUCCCCGAAGCCGCCGGCAAGGGCAGUGAACAUUUGGACGGCGACACCGCCGCCGCCAAAGAGGGUGGUCGCAAAGGGCAAGGCGAGGACGGCUUCCGCACCAAAGGCGCCACAGGGGACGCCACCAAAGACUACGAAGCUCCAGGAGGAGCCACCGAAAGCCCCCACGGCACCAGCUUCAGGGGGCACAGAGCCACCGGAG